AUGCAGUGCCAGUCGGAGGAGGAAUGUGUGGCACUUGUCAGGCUUCUACCUCCAACCGAAACUGCUCUGCUGGAUUGGGCCAUCAACCUGAUGGCCGACGUUGUCCAAGAGGAACAUCUUAACAAGAUGAAUGCACAUAGCAUAGCAAUGGUGUUUGCACCUAACAUGACGCAAAUGGCAGAUCCCUUGACUGCAUUGAUGUAUGCGGUCCAAGUGAUGAACCUCCUAAAGACACUAAUUGAGAAGACACUACAACAAAGAGAAGAUGCCGUGGUGGAAUCAGCCCCUGUUUCCCACCUUGAGCCUUUUGACGAAAAUGGGCAUCAGGGUCCCUCAAAGCUUCGUAUGGAAGAUACUGCUGAAGCAAAUGAAGAGACAGAACAGGCCUUCAGUGCUGAAGAACCUGAUGUAGACAGUACUUCUGAGUCUAAUCAAGUGAAUAACACCGUUGACGAAGAAUAUGCUAAUCAUUCAACUACCAGUAAGGUAUCUGAUGGAGGCGGGUCUUGUGAAACUCCUACACAAGUCUAUAAUGUGACAAAGAAUUGUCGGAAGACUCAAGUUGAGGACUACAUCAACAGGAGCAAAAUAGGCCAAUCAAGUGAUUCUGAUGAAAAAAAGGGUUUUGGAAGAAUUAAUGGGCAGCAGCUACCUGUACUUCAGGCAAUGGGACCUGAGAAUAAGAGCAAGGGUAUUAGCAAUUUGAGCCGUAUAAAUUCACGGACAGAGCGGAUUGAAGCCUGGCGGUGA